AUGGAGAAAACGUCUCUCAAGCUUAUCUUCUUGUUCUCCCUCACAGUCAUAGCAUUUUGUUCAUCUUUAGGUGAUGCUAGAGAGAUGGUGAAAGCAGAAGUGAAUUGCAUCGGCGGCAAAUGUCCUGAAGGAAAGAAGAACUGUAAUUGCAUGCCACCGAUAGCACAUGUGAUGGAUGAUAUCAGGCCUUGCAAUACAGAUGGUGACUGCUACAAGUUCUGUCCUAGGGAAUGCGAGCUUGGAACUUGUUACUGUCGGUGUGAUUAUGGUUGUACAUGUACCUGUUGA